AUGUCCGAGUCAUGGGGGCGUCGACCGGCCUUUUUGAUUUCCUUUUCCAUUUACACAGCGUUUACUUUGGGAUGUGCUCUGGCACCCAACUGGCCGGCAUUUCUCUUCUUCCGCUUCAUGCUGGGCUGCGGCGCGGCGGCGCCCCAGACAGUCUCGGGGGGACUGUUCUGUGAUAUCUACUCGGACCUCGGGCCUCGCGGCCUGGCGGUGACAUUGCUUGGCCUGACCAGCAACGUAGGACCCCUCUGCGGGCCCAUCAUCUCGGGCUUCACGUCGACAAGGGUCUGGCAGUGGCAGUUUUGGUGUGCCCUCAUUCUUGCCGGCGUCAACUGGCCCAUGCUGCUGGCCAUGCCCGAGACCUUCCCCCCCGUCCUCAAGGCUCGCAGCAUCCAGAACGUCUCGAACCAUCAUCCAUCGGGCACCCCUGUCGUUGGCAAAGCACCCUUCAGCCUCCGGAAACAGGCUAGAAUCCUUGCCCGCCCGAUUCGCCUCCUCUCCGAGCCGCUCGUCUUCUUCACCGACCUCUUCAUCCUCUACCAGUACAUCAUCUUUUUCCUCUACUUCGGCGCAUACCCCGUCAUCUUCCGUGGCACAUAUGCCAUGGCGGAUGGCGUCUCUGCCCUGAUGUUCAUCCCGACUGGCAUCGGCGCCGUUCUGGCCAUCGCCAUCUUUGUCGCCUGGGACAGGUUUCACAAACGCAGCGUCGAGAGGGGCAAGCCCUGGGCCUUGCAGGAAGAGUACAGACGGCUGCCGCUCGCAUGCAUCGGGGGGCCUCUUUUCGCCCUCUCCGAGUUCUGGCUGGGAUGGACCGCUCGGCCGAGUAUUCCGUGGGCUGUGCCCGCGCUGUCAGGGAUCCCCCUGGGCAUCGGCAUCGACCUGACCUUUAUGGCGCUUAACAACUACCUCACUGAUGUCUACGGCAUCUACAGCGCGUCGGCCCUGGCGUCAAGCGUCUUUACGCGCAAUGUUUUGGCCGCCGUCAUCAUUCCUCUGACGACGUAUCCGCUGUACGAGAAUCUCGGCACCAACUGGGCCUGCACCUUGCUGGGGGGCCUGUGCGUGCUCUUGACCCCGAUUUCGUUUGCAUUUAUUCGCUGGGGUCCUGUAUUGAGGACUCGCAGCCCCUUUUGCCAGAAACUGGCUCGGGUGGACAAUGGCAAUCAUCGUGGCAGCAACUUGGUGGCGCCUUGUUGA